UACAGAACCAAAAUUAGGGUUUGCUUUAGAGAGAGAGGAACAAGAUCAGGAAGGGGUUUGAGCUUGGUUAGUAUUUGGAUUAAUAAUCGUAAAUAUCGGAUACUUUCACAGCAACAUCAUUACCAAACACUGCUCCCAUGCCAAUGACGAGUGAUCCAUUGGCGUUGUUCAUGGAAGACAUUGCGAAAACCAAGACACUCGCGGAUAAAUAUGUUAAAAUUCAUGCAUAUAUUACCUCUCUCAAGGAGGAGAAGAGUGGGAUCAAGGAUCUCGAACUUCCUUUCAGCACACAAUUCUUGGAUCAUGCUAUAAAGACACUUGAUGUCGAGAACGAUAAAGUUUUAGCAAACAUUAAGGCUACACUGAGUCAAUUAUUCGGAACCGACGUAAGAUUAUCGACGGAAGAGAUGAUAGGAGUCUUUCAGAAUCUGAGUCUAAGCCCAGCUGCCAAAAGUAAGAGGAAAAUGGCGCAGAUGCAACGAGAAGAAGUAGAAUCCGUCACGAAGGAGACGACGGAGAAGAAGUUAUUAGACGGAGGAGGCGGCGGAUCUUCGGGUUCUCAGGUAUCGUCAGCGUUCAAAUUCAACGCUCAGGCGCCGGAAUUCGUACCGCGAUCGCAUACUACCGCACCAACACCGCAGGUUUCUCCCCUCUCCGGUUACUUCUAUCCUUGCUUCCACUACAACGGCGGUUGCGUAGGAGGAUGCACCGGCGGAGUCUGCGGCGGAGGAGGAACCAGCGUUGGUUCUCAGUCGUCGGAUUGGAUCUUCGUCGGAGGAGGAGAUCCUACUCAGCAUCAACACCUUCACGAUCCGACGGCUGCGUUUUACAUUUCGAAUCCGGCGGUUCAGUUUCCGGCGAAUCAGAACUCGCCGUCUUCGUCGAAGAAUCUGCUCUCCGACGAUCUCCGCCUUAAGAUCGUCAAACAGGUUGAGUACCAGUUCACGGACAUGAGUCUCCUCGCCAAUGAGUCAAUUUCAAAGCACAUAAACAAAGACCCUGAAGGUUAUGUGCCCAUAUCUUAUAUCGCAUCGACCAAGAAGAUCAAGGCUUUGACGAGUAAUCACCACUUAGUUUCACUUGCUCUACGUUCCUCCUCAAAGCUCGUUGUGAGUGAAGACAGCAAGAGAGUUAAGCGUAAAAGUCCAUUCACUGAUAGAGACAGAGAGGAAUUACAGGCACGGACGGUUGUUGCAGAGAAUUUGCCAGAUGAUCACUCUUACCAGAACCUUGAGAAGAUCUUUGGAGUUGUUGGAACCGUUAAAGCGAUUCGUAUCUGUCAUCCACCAGAAUCUACCUCCUCUCGUCCAAAAGGAGAUUUCCUGAUGAGCAACAAAAUUCACGCCCUUAUCGAGUAUGACAACACUGUUAUCGCGGAUAAAGCUGUUGAGAAGCUAAACGAUGAAAGAAACUGGAGGAAAGGACUUCGUGUGAGGCUGCUUCUUAGAUGCUCGCCCAAAUCAGUCCUCAAGAACAGAAGAAACUUCGAUGGCAUCCUCAUCGAUGAUGAACUCCCUUCCUAUGAAUCAGGAGAAGACUCUCCACGUCUCCAUUUAACCGAUCAACAGCUUGAUAAUGACGGUGAUGACAACAAUGUUGGUGGACUGUGGGGAAAAGGGAGAGGAAAAGGACGAGGACGAUCUCCAAGAAGCUAUGCGGUAGGAGGAGGAGGACGUAGCUUCGGGAUCGGGCUCGGACUCAGCCUCGGUUCCAUGUCACCGAGCCUAGGCCCACACGAAUCUUCGUCUCCAAAAACAGCAACAAAGGGACCAAGAAUGCCUGAUGGAACCAGAGGCUUCACCAUGGGACGUGGCAAACCUUCGAUCUCACUUUCACCUAACAAUCUCUAAAUAUUUCCCUACCAACGACGACGACUCCUACUUAUUAUCCAUUUUAUUAUAGUAGAGAUAAAAAAAGCUAUAGAGUUAACCAAAUAACACAUGUGGGUUGUUUUUUUCUUAAGAUAUGGGUUCACAGAAGCAAGAACAUGACUUUGGGAGGAAGAAGCUAUAGCUAUAGUGUAUGAACUACGAAGGCAUGGGCGAAGUUUUUGUGAGGGCUUUUUCUUUAUAUAAUCUUCUUUCAGUUUUUUUAUUUAUUCUCUUAUUUGGAUGGAUUUCUUUUUGUAUGUUUUGAUAAAAAAAAUUUGUGAGAUUAAUUGAAUAAUGAAGGGCUUCUAGCAUUUUUGAGUUA